AUGCAGAUGGGGCAUCCUCAACAAACUGCUAGCGGUGGCCCCGGCGGUCCGAGUGACCGCCUCAAACGCGGAAAGUUUGGGGGGAAACGGGGCACUGUUCCCAAACGAGGCGCUGCAGACAAGAAAGGCAGGAACAAGACAGCCAAAGCGAAGGCGCGGGAUCUAAGGCGGCUUUUGCUGAAGAAGAGAGAGGGGUUACCGCCGGAAGUCGUGACGCGUCUCGAAGAGCAGAUCACUUCCCUCGACAGCGCGGCCGUUCAACAAAAGAAGAAUGAGAAACGCAAGCGCUUUUUGGUGAAGCGGAAACAGCUGUACGACAAAAUUAAGUUCUACGAGGGCCAGAAAGUGCGUCGAAAGAUCAAGGCGGAACGCCGAAUUCUGUCCGACCUCCUGCGUCGCCGGCGGGAUGCAACGACAAACGCACAAGACGCAGGCACGCUCGACGCGUCUAUAGAGGAGCAUCAACGCGCUCUCCGUAAACACCUUGAUGACUUGAACUAUAUUCUGCGCUAUCCGGCGGACGAGCCCUACAUUGCUCUUUUCCCUUCGGGAGGCCCCGCUUCAGAGGAGACGGAAAAGAAGCGAGAAGAGAUGAGGGCGAAAAUCAGGCAGAAGAUUCUCCAAGAACGAAUUGAGGAUGAUGGCGAGGACAAUGCAAAAGGAGGCGAAGAAGACAAUUUCCUUGUUGCUGAAAAGCCGGCGGGUCCUCGGCCGACUCCAGUCCUUUUCGACUCUGACGGGUGCGUGGUGACUGACGACGAAGAGGAUGCGGAAGACGCUUUCGCAGAGGCCCCAGACUGGGUAGACGGGGAGGAUGCGAGCGCUGCAGGCCGAGGCAGGCAGACCACCACGCGCGGGGCGUUCCGGGGAGGCCUUGCAGAGAGAAAACGGGGAAGAAGUUUCCACGCGCACCAGCACGGUUCCCGCGAAGGAGGGUUCCACGAGAGAGGCGAUGGCACGCAGGCAGGCGCUAGAGGGCGUAGAGAGACUUUUUCGCGAGAGCAAAAGCGCGGUCCGAGCCGGGACGGAGACCGACGGUCACCUCUGCAUUCAGGCAGAGGUAGAGCGUCGAUCCCGGGUUCGCGGGAGAUCCGGGCAGAAUCAAAGGCGCCUCGGCACGAAGCUUCGGAAAAGCGGAAGAGAGAGGUCUCCAGUCAAGGAACGGACGGUGCGACAGAGUCUCGACAGGAAGGAAGAGAGAGGCGAGACGAAAAACGGGCGGGGAAACAGAUCGAGCAAAUUGGCCUCUCAAAAAGAUUUGCUGGCAUUGGCAAGCAUACCGUGUUUGAGUCGGACUCGGAGUAG